AUGUUUUUUAAUAAAGGAGAAUUUAAUCUUGAUAAUUUUAGUUGUCCUCUUGAUGAAUGUAGAAGAAAAUUAACUGAAAAAACGGCAUCUUUAUUUAUUGAAGACUUUUAAACACAAUAUGAUCAAUAUUUAAAAUAAGGUGUCAUAUUUGGAUAAAACCAGAAUGAGAGAAUGAUUUCUUGUUUUAAUAUCGAUUGUAAUUCAAAUUUUAUAAUAUGGAAGGAUGCAGAUACUUUUGUAUGUCCAAAUUGCAAAUUAUAGUAUUGCUUAAAAUGCAAGUUGAAGAAACAUGAUGGUUUAAAAUGUAUGCAAGCAUUAAGAUUGAACCAACUAUCUAAAACUAGAAUACUAUUUUUGGAUACAGUUAAACAAUCUAAAAUGCAAUAAAUUUGCCCACAUUGUCUCAUAGUUGUAGAAAAGACUGGAGGUUGUAAUUUUAUGACAUGUAAAUCGAAAACUUGUAAAUCCAAAAAAUACUUCUGUUUCAGAUGUGGAGAACCCUUAAAACAAUGUGAAUCAGCUAGUCAUUUUUAUAAUGGGAAUUCUUUUGAUGGAUAAUGCAAUCUAAAAUUAAAUGGAAAAUGGGUUGAAGUAGAUAAAUUGCCUGAAAAUGCUAUUCCUUGUCCUAUUUGUUUAAAUGUGAACCCAUUAAAAAGUAAAAUAGAAGGCAAUUUAUUAAUAUGUAAUAGUGAAAAGUGCUCUGAUAAAAUAUAUUGUCAUUGUUGUAAAAUUCAACUAAAUAACAAAAAUAUUUUAGAUCAUCUAGAACCUCACAAUAAAAUAAUAAAAACUUCCAUUUGGAAUCCCAUUAAGAAAUUUUUCUCUAAGUGA